GUUCUCUCGUGUUAUGGUACGAGCGCGCGCGCACCGCUCCUCCCGUUUGCGAAACGUCUGCACUGCAGAUCGAUCAAAGGGUUGGGACGACAAUGGGAGCACACCGCCUCGCACUGCUCGUGUUCCUUGCCACCUUGCCACAGCUGCUGCUCGCCGGCACGACCAGAUACUACACCUUCAAUGUGACAAUGCACAAGGUGACGCGGCUAUGCACCACCCGCGCCAUCCCGACGGUGAACGGCAAGUUCCCCGGCCCAAAAAUAGUCACAAGGGAAGGCGACCGCGUCGUCGUCAAGGUGGUUAACAAUGUGAAGCACAACGUUACCAUCCACUGGCACGGGGUGAGGCAACUGCGGACGGGGUGGUCGGACGGGCCGGCGUACAUCACGCAGUGCCCGAUCCAGACGGGGCAGAGCUACGUGUACAACUUCACCAUCACCGGGCAGAGAGGCACACUGUUCUGGCACGCCCACGUCUCCUGGAUGCGCGCCACGCUCUACGGCCCCAUCAUCAUCCUCCCCAAGUCCGGCGUGCCGUUCCCCUUCCCAAAACCCUACAAGGACGUCCCCGUCGUCUUCGGCGAGUGGUUUAACGCGGAUCCCGAGGCGAUCAUAGCGCAGGCGCUGCAGACCGGUGGAGGGCCAAACGUCUCCGAGGCCUACACCAUCAACGGGCUUCCAGGCCCACUCUACAACUGCUCAACCAAAGACACGUUCAAGCUGAAGGUGCAGCCAGGCAAGUGGUACCUGCUCCGGCUGAUCAACGCUGCGCUCAACGACGAGCUUUUCUUCUCGAUCGCCAACCACACGCUCACCGUCGUCGACGUGGACGCCGCCUACGUGAAGCCGUUCGACACGGACGUGGUCCUCGUGACGCCGGGGCAGACCACCAACGUGCUCCUCCUAGCCAAACCGGACGACGGCUCCCCGGCCGCCACACACCUCAUGCUGGCGCGACCCUACGCCACGGGACGUGUGGGCACCUACGACAACACCACCGUCGCGGCCAUCCUCGAGUACGCGCCGGCGGGACACAUCAAGAGCCGCCCACUCCUGUGGCCAACGCUGCCGGUGUUCAACGACACGGCGUUCGCCGCCAACUACAGCGCCAAGCUCCGGAGCCUCGCCAGCGCGGACUACUCGGCCAGGGUGCCGAUGCGGGUAGACCGGCCCUUCUUCUUCACCGUGGGACUCGGCACGACCCCGUGCCCGACGUACCAAGGGUGCAACGGCCCUACCAACGACUCCAAGUUCUCGGCGUCCAUGAACAACGUGUCCUUCAACAUGCCCACGACGGCGCUCCUGAUUGCGCACUACGACGGCAACACCGCCGGCGUGUACACGUCGGACUUCCCCACCACGCCGUCGGAGCCGUUCAACUACACCGGCACGCCGCCCAACAACACCAACGUCUCCAACGGGACCAAGGUGGUGGUGCUGCCGUACAACACGAGCGUGGAGGUGGUGCUGCAGGACACGAGCAUCCAGGGCGCCGAGAGCCACCCGCUGCACCUGCACGGGUUCGACUUCUUUGUCGUGGGCCAAGGCGCCGGCAACUACGACCCGUCCAGCCAUCCCGCCGGGUUCAACCUGCUCGAUCCCGUGCAGCGGAACACCGUCGGCGUCCCCGCCGGAGGCUGGGUCGCCAUCAGGUUCUUCGCUGAUAACCCUGGUGUAUGGUUCAUGCAUUGCCACCUUGAGGUGCACACGAGCUGGGGCCUGAAGAUGGCAUGGGUGGUCAACGAUGGUCCGUUGCCUCACCAGAAGCUGAUGCCUCCGCCGUCCGAUCUUCCCAAAUGUUAGAGACCGGCCGUUGACCUUGACCAACAUUGCUAUUCAUUUCUUUUCGAUUGGUUUGCAUAAACACAGUGGUGGAUAAAUUAAUUACCGCACACACAUAAGCACAAAAAGGUUAAAAAGAUGUACUUAGUACUUAAUCUUGUAUGUAUUUUCCCAUUAUCAUUCUUUCCAGUGUUAUGCUCUGUCCUUGUGACAUGUUGCCAUUGAUGCUUUGCUUGCUUUUACUCCUACUUGACAUUGUUUGGAAGCUUUU